AUGUCCGAAUUGAGCGCUUCGGAAUAUAUCAAAGAGCAAAAUGCGUUGGAAGAUGAGGCUCGCGAGCUGAUGCCCCAAAGCCCGACCCACUGCACAUAUGUAGACGGGGCUCUGCGACAACCCGUUUUUGCUUGUCUAGAUUGUGGGGAAAUAGGUGUCUGUUACUCGUGCUCUAUUCAAUGCCACGCCAACUGUGACUUGGUUGAGCUCUUCACGAAACGAGGUUUUACCUGCGACUGCGGGACUGAAAGACAACUAAAGAAGAAAGAUAAAAGUGAGUUUUGGUGCCAGUUAAGGCAGAACUCCAGUCGAGAUAUUCCAAGCUCAUCAAACACCUAUGGCCAAAAUUUCAAGGGCCGAUUUUGCGACUGUCACAAGAGGUACGACCAUGAAUCAGACUCUACAAUGAUUCAAUGCGCAUUGGGAUUAAAUUGCAACGAGGAUUGGUAUCAUUGCUCCUGUAUUCUUGAGACUCGUGAAGAUACCACGAGGGAGGCAAACACUUCCGAGCCGAUAGAUCAAUUACCGAAAGACUUUCCAUCUUUGGAAUCGUUCGAUGCGUUCCUCUGUUGGAAAUGCGUAUCUCGGUUUUCUUCAAUUUUUCAAGAUUUGUUGGCGCACACUCUUUCACAAAAGCUCAUAGCACACAUAGUUCCUCACUCAAACACUCUAGAAAGCGCACCUAGUUCUAGUAAUGCGGUGAAAGCCGAGGAAAGCUCGAAGAAACGGAGAGCGGAAACAGAUGAUGACUUGCCCUUCUCCAUUAUGUUUAGACCGGACUACAAAGAUGUUCUAGUAAUGAUAAAAGAUGAUUUAGAGGAAUCUAGCAAGCUAUAUGUGUUUUUGCAGGAUAUUGCGCCUUUUCUACUCGACGAGGACUCUGUAUACGAGCCUUCUGAAGAUUCUGAUGAUGCUACAUCAACGUUUGAACUAGGAACGCAGGCAUUAAGUUCUUCAGUGGAUAGAAGUAUUGCGGUUGCAGGUAUACAAGCAAUGGACAACAUUAAACAGAAAUUGAGCGAGUUCUUGAAGCCAUUUGCAGAUUCUGGCAAGAUUGUAAAGGAAGAAGACAUUCGAAAUUUCUUCAAGUUACAAAAAGAAGAAGAAUCUAGAGAUAGUUGA